AUGGCGGACAAGACAGAAGGCAAGAAAUCGCCUCUGAUCAGAGCACCAAGUCAAUCUCUGGGCCCUGAGUACAGACCGUUAGAGGAGAAGCCCAAGGCCACAGUCUCAACAGCACCCAAGAUCGACAACCUGCACAUCCUGCCCCAGACACCACAACUUAUCGCCCUCCUCACCAUGAUCAGAGACAAGGGCACAGGCCGAGCAGACUUCAUCUUCCACAGCAACCGCAUCAGCCGUCUUCUAGUCGAAGAAGCUCUCAACCACUUACCCGUCCAGACAAAGACCAUCACCACUCCCGUCGGGCGCACAUACGCAGGGGUUGAAUUCGAAGGCAAGAUCUGCGGCGUCUCCAUCAUGCGCGCCGGCGAAGCCAUGGAACAAGCCCUCCGCGAAUGCUGCCGCUCCGUGCGCAUUGGCAAAAUCCUCAUCCAGCGCGACGAAGAGACCUCCAAGCCCCGUCUUUUCUACGACAAGCUCCCCUCCGACAUCAAAGAUCGCUGGGUCUUGUUGUUGGACCCGAUGCUCGCAACUGGCGGCUCAGCUCUUAUGGCCGUCGAUGUCUUGCGGUCGAAGGGUGUACCCGAGGAUAGGAUCUUGUUCCUGAAUUUGAUCGCCAGUCCCGAAGGUGUACAGAACUUCGCGGAGAGGUUCCCGAAAGUGAGGGUGGUGACUGCGUUUGUGGACGAGGGGUUGGAUGAGAAGAAUUACAUUGUGCCUGGGUUGGGGGAUUUCGGUGACAGGUUUUUCACGUUGUAG